AUGUCAAUAAUCAUUUUCAGUUUCUUUGUAAUAAUUAACCUGGCCUUUUCUACUUCGCAGAAUUCCUCACUCCCUUCAUGCAAACUGUGGUAUUAUCCCGAACCUCUAGAAAAGGGGAUUAGUAUCAAUUUUGGAUCCUAUAAGUUGGGAGGUUACUCGCCCGGUUACGAUCCAUAUCCUGGACUAACUGACUUUUAUAUCAGUGAGGGUUACGAAACUUCUACCACAUGGGAGAAUGGCCCAAAUUUCUCAUUUAUUAAUGGAGCGCCAGAAUAUACUGUUGUUCAGGGUGAAAUUUUUGGGUAUCAUACUACAAUAUCAAACUUCACAUUUGUUGUUAAUUCGAUUUUUGUUCCACCUAAAACAGGAAAUUAUAUAUUUAACUUAGAGACAAGUAACGGUUCCGCGGCUGCGUUCAGUGUUGAUUAUCAAAUAGAGUUCUACUGUUGUGACGAUUUUGAUACCGACUUGGAAUCUGAUAUAUUUUUACUAGUAAACAGUCCAGAUGCUCCUACUAAAUAUCCUAAUAAUGGUUCAGCAUAUCUUAUUCAAGGAUUUACCUACAGUUUAUACCUAAGUUAUGCAAAUAGAUAUGGUGAUGCUGUUUUAAACCUGACCAUGAUCGAUCCUGACGGAACCAAGCAUGAAUCAUUAGAUAGAUUUUUGUACCAAGUAGAAGAUAGUAAUUGUGAUGAUUGGCACAUCAAGACAACCUCUUCUGAAACCUGGACUGGCACUUAUACCGAAACAUACUAUACUUCUACAAAUACCUAUUCAGAUUCUUUAAGUGGAAAUGUUUAUGAAACUCUUUACUUAAUUAAAGUUCCUGAUUUAAAGAUCACGUCAUCCUCAACCCUAACAUCAUCCUCAACCUUAACAUCAUCCUCAACCGUAACAUCAUCCUCAACCUUAACAUCCUCGUUUAGUUUUGAAUCUUCUACAUACAAAUAUUCUUCAAAUCUCCCUUCAGUAUCAAAUUUAUCAUCCAGUGACCCAUCCUUCUCACUGUCUCAAUCAUCAUCUACGCAUUCUCAUAUAUCCUCUUCAAAGGACGUGGCAUCAUCGAAGAAUAUGACCAGCAAUAUAUUUACGAGUUUGAGCUCGUACAAAACCAUUGAACCAUCAUAUAUUGUUUCUUCAAAUAAUACUUCACCACCGGGACCCUGGUCCUCAAAAUCGGGUAUUGAUGACAAUGAAAUUACUAUUAAAACUACGACAUUCGGUCCAAUAGAAUCUAGUUCCAAAUCUUUAACGAGUAUUGAAAUCGGAACUGAGCGGUCAUCUAGUUCUGCGAAUGAUGGAAACAUAAAUACAUUUACCUCAACAACAAUUGCAACUCAACUUUCUAACAAUGGAAAAGGAGAAACAGGUAAGGUAUGGUCUAUGUAUACAACCGUUGAGUCGACCAUCUUAAACAAAGUUACAAGCUGUAAGUUUGGAUGUUUAGAGAAAACACAAAGUACUACCUACAAUGGUCAAGAAAUUAUCGAAGUUGCUCCUCACAUAUAUUCAGAGUUACCAGGGGUAUCAACAGAGAUACCGCCAAGAAACGAAUUUUUAUAUAGCAGUGACAAUCCUACUAAAGUAAUUUCCCAUGUUAUUCCUUCAACUGCCAUUCUAGUGGAGUCUCCAAACCUUGCUGCAAGUCAAAGUGUUGAUUUGCUGUCCUUCUGCUUCUUCUCAAUUAUGAUUCUUAUCUAG